GCGAAGGGGCCACUUCCGACUGGCGCGGGUCGGGCUACGGGCAGCCGCUUCUCGGCGGAUCCCCUGCGACCGCAGCCAUGGGCAAGAAGCACAAGAAGCACAAGGCGGAGUGGCGCUCUUCGUACGAAGAUUACACGGACACACCACUGGAGAAGCCUCUGAAGCUAGUGCUCAAGGUGGGAGGAAGCGAAGUGACGGAACUUUCAGGAUCUGGCCACGACUCCAGCUACUAUGAUGAUAGGUCAGACCAUGAGCGGGAGAGACACAAAGAAAAGAAGAAGAAAAAGAAGAAGAAGUCAGAGAAGGAGAAGCACCUCGAUGAGGAGGAGAGAAGGAAGCGGAAGGAAGAGAAAAAGCGGAAGCGGGAGAAGGAGCACUGUGACUCAGAGGGGGAGGCUGAUGCCUUCGACCCUGGAAAGAAGGUGGAGGUGGAGCCACCCCCAGAUCGACCAGUGAGAGCCUGCCGAACACAGCCAGCUGAGAAUGAGAGCACACCUAUCCAGAGGCUUCUGGAGCACUUCCUCCGUCAGCUGCAGAGAAAAGAUCCUCAUGGAUUUUUUGCUUUUCCUGUCACGGAUGCAAUUGCUCCUGGGUAUUCAAUGAUAAUAAAACAUCCCAUGGACUUUGGCACAAUGAAAGACAAGAUCGUAGCCAACGAAUAUAAAUCAGUCACAGAAUUUAAGGCAGAUUUCAAAUUAAUGUGUGAUAAUGCGAUGACCUACAAUAGACCAGACACCGUGUACUACAAGUUAGCCAAGAAGAUCCUGCAUGCGGGCUUUAAGAUGAUGAGCAAAGAGCGGCUGUUAGCUUUGAAGCGCAGCAUGUCGUUUAUGCAGGACAUGGAUUUCUCUCAGCAGGCAGCUCUCUUGGGCAGUGAAGACCCAGCAGUUGAGGAACCUGUUCCUGAGGUUGUCCCAGUGCAAGUAGAAACCACCAAGAAAUCCAAAAAGCCGAGUAGAGAAGUUAUCAGCUGCAUGUUUGAGCCUGAAGGGAAUGCCUGCAGCCUGACAGACAGCACUGCAGAGGAGCACGUGCUAGCCCUCGUAGAGCAUGCAGCUGACGAGGCUCGGGACAGAAUUAACCGGUUUCUCCCAGGUGGCAAGAUGGGGUACCUGAAGAAGCUUGGAGAUGGAAGUCUGCUCUACAGCGUGGUGAAUGCAACUGAGCCUGACGCUGAUGAGGAUGAGACACACCCUGUGGACCUGAGUUCACUGUCUAGCAAGUUGCUCCCAGGUUUUACGACACUGGGUUUCAAAGAUGAAAGAAGAAGUAAAGUUACAUUCCUCUCUAGUGCAAGCACUGCGCUUUCAAUGCAGAACAACUCUGUGUUUGGGGACCUGAAAUCAGAUGAGAUGGAACUUCUGUAUUCUGCAUAUGGAGACGAGACUGGUGUGCAGUGUGCACUGAGCCUGCAGGAGUUCGUGAAGGAUGCUGGGAGCUACAGCAAGAAAAUGGUAGACGAUCUCCUGGACCAGAUCACAGGUGGAGAUCACUCAAGGAUGAUCUUCCAGCUGAAGCAGAGGAGGAGCAUCCCCAUGAGACCUGCAGAUGACGUAAAGGUUGGGGACCCACUAGGAGAUAGUGGCCCUGUUCUGGAUUUCAUGUCAAUGAAACCAUACCCUGAUGUCUCUCUGGAUGUGUCCAUGCUCAGCUCUCUGGGGAAAGUGAAGAAGGAGCUGGACCACGAUGAGAGCCACUUGAACUUGGACGAGACAACCAGGCUCCUGCAGGACUUGCACGAAGCACAAGCAGAGCGAGGAGGUUCCCGGCCAUCCUCCAAUCUCAGCUCUCUGUCCACUGCCUCUGAGAGGGAGCAGCACCCUCCAGGAAGUCCUUCUCGCCUUAGUGUUGGGGAGCAGCCGGAUGUUACCCAUGACCCUUAUGAAUUCCUUCAGUCUCCAGAACCUGCAGCUUCUGCCAAGAACUAACUUGUGGGCUUUCCAGCUGUUUUCUUUUUCUUUUUUCUAAGUUUUUUUGAUACAUGGUUUUUUGUCACAAGACAGGAACUUUUGUCUCAUCCUCUCUGGCAUGUUGCAGCCUGAGGAAGAUGGUGGUGUGUCUGUGCUGCCAUGUCCACAGAAGAGGCCCAACAGCACCGAGUGAUGUCCUCUAAGUUCUGAGAAGUGACAAUAGAACACAAGAGUGUUGGUCUCUUCUGAGCCCCAAAGACCGAGUGUGUUUAUGAUCAAUCAUAGUCAUUCUACAUGAGUCCUGAACAGCUGUCUUGCAGUUCUCAAAGGGGAGCCUGCAGAACAGGCCUUCAGGUAGCUUCUAUUUUCUGUUUGGUCACUUGAGGAUGGAGAUGUCUCCCUGACAAAUAAUGAACCACCCCACAUUUUAGAAUGAAGUAAAUGCCCACAAAUGUUUCAGACCCAUAAAAUGUUUCAAAACUACACAUGUAUUUGCUAAGUACCUGUUUGUAUUUGCAAAAUACACGAACAUAGGUCCUAAUAAAGAGGUGCCAAAGGUGGUGA